GCCGGGCUCUCACACUGCGCUCAGUCCGCGUCUGUCCGCUGCUGAUGAAAGGAGCUGAGAGGAGGUGUUAAAGCCGGCCAGCGCUGAACACAACCCGGGACGGACACAUCUGAGUAAUGCGGUCUUUCUCGGUGCGUUCAUUUACGGUGGCACCAUCCGCGGAAUAACGGCGCCGAACGCGUGGAUACAGUGGAUGUACCGGUAGAGCUGCUGAAGGAACGAUGGUGUGGACGUUUUUUGUACGUUACGGCGGAUGACGUCCGAAAAUGGACACGGAUUAUCAUAAGCAACGACCGAGUCCUCGACCCAAGAUACAAAGCCGUCUGACCAUUACAGUGCGCUCAACCCUCAUGUCAAGACCUUGUCUGUCUUCCCGAGGUCCAAAACCUCCCGUCGCCCCCAAACCAAGACUAUCUACAGAACAAGAGGAUGAACACAACCAAAGCAUUGUUAGCAAUGGAGACAUAGUGUCUUCUGAUAGGCUGGAACUGGAGCAGGACAGCGAAUCAGAGGCUACGCAGGAUGAAGCUGACACGCCCAUAGAGAACUCUGUGGAGGAGCUUGCCGAGGAGUCAUUUAAUGUUGCAGAGGAACAAGUGGAGGCAAACCCCAACACCAGUGAUGGUAUUUCUGAUAAAGAUGUGAAAGGAGACUUAGACAUGAGGGUAGAAGAAACAGAUGAGAUAGCAGAGUCAGAGGAGGAGGAGAGAGAGAAUAUCACUGAAGCAAAUAAUGCAGGCUUGAAUGACGUCCAAGGAUUUAUUGUAACUACCGUUUCAGAUUCUGUAGACUACAUCAAAGACACCAGUGAUGUGGAGCCACCGCAGGGCACAGGUGAUCUUGAUGAUACAGCAGAUGACCCUGCUGAAUAUUCUGAGAAAGAGACUCUUACAGAAGAUCAAACAGAAGAUGAAUCAGAGGUCAAUAACAAUACACCCAGUCCUUACGAAGAAAUUGAGGAAUCAACAUUAAACCAGGGCACAUAUGCUGAGAUAGAUAAUGCUGAAGAUGUGACAUCAGAUCCUUUUGAUGAUAUAGAAGAGCCUUAUUUUAAUGAAAGAGAGUCCUUUCUCAUUGAGCCCCCACCAGAGUGUGACAAUGAGCCAUGCGAAGAGGUCACAAAUCCAAGUGUAGAGUGUGCACUUAGUGAGGCAACUGAGGACACAACUAAUACAGAGGCUGGAUUUUCCUCACAACCUAUGAAUGGCAGCCAGCCCUCCCUGUGCGAGGAAUACCCUUAUGAUGUUAUCGGAUCACUAGAUGACACCGAUUCAUGGCAGCCGGAACGCGCCACAAAAGACCCUUCAGGGCGGUUCAGAUUCUCAGAGGAAGUAGAGGAUGCAUAUGAGCCUUAUUCGGUCAUAGAGGUGGUGCCUGCUGAUCUCAUGAGCACCUCAGACCCUGAGGCAGACUGCACAGAUGAGGAAUGCAGUGAUAAGAAAGUAAAGGUUACUGAGACAGAGACGGCAAUCACUUCCAGCCAAGAGCCUUUUUACAUCUCAUCAGAUGAUGUGGCAGAACUAGAGGAGCAACAGGCGCAGUUAGGGGAAAGCAUUCCAUCAACCUCUGAACCCUCAGAGCAGCAGGAUACGAAAGUGGACGAGUAUGCGGACAUAGACGACUCUCUGUGCCAGGAUAGAGAUGAUCAGCAGCUAGAAUGUGUGUCAUCUGAGGAUUAUGUGGAGAUAGGGGAUGAAGACGAGCCUGUGGACAUGGAGCGAAAAACUAAAGGGAAAAGUGCAAAGGAGCGCUCAGCCAGGCGCAGCCAAGGCUAUGUGAGCCAAAGAAAUAGCUGCCAACCACGCCUUAGACUUUGCAACAUCACGGUGCCAGCUGACCUAGACCUGGGCAUGACACCUGAGCUAACGAACCGUGUGGUAUUUGCCCAUACCACAGAGGCAUUUGAAGAGGAUAUAGAAGACCUUGACUGCCAUAUAGUGCCUUUCUUUGAGGACUCAGACUCAGACAGUGACGAGCACAUUUAUGAAGAGGCAGGCUUCGACUCAGAAGGGGAGAACUUUAUCUCUCUGGACAGGAAAACCAUUGUGACCCGCUCACGUUCGCUCUCUGGGAAAGUACCCGGAUAUGUCCCUGAGACUGUUCCCGAGGAGACAGGCAAUGAAUCCCAGUCUCACGACUACUACACCGUGACCUUGGACCAAAAUGGAGAUCUACUAAAUCCUUCAGAUAACUCGGAGGUCAAUCGAAUGAUUCCUUCGAUGAAGUCGAGACGUUUUCUUUUCUAUCCGCGAUCGUAUUCUGUGGAGGGUCGAGAUGUGGAUAGCCUGUCUGCAUAUUUGGGAGGUGACUCACCUCAGGUGGAAAACAAAGUGAAAAGGAAAGAUGACACUCUCUCACUGCCUUGUGUCAUUACCUCUUCUGGAAGCUUUUCUCAAAGAAGCCACCAGUCUUCCAGUGGUGUGUCUACACCUACAUCUCUAGUUGACAUACCACCACCCUUUGAGCUGGCUUACAUCACUAAGAGACCUGUCACUAAAAGCUCCCCAUCUCUCCUUAUUCAACAUGAUUCCAGUGACAAGCCAAAAAAGAAGAAGACAUCUUUCAAGCGUUUUCUAGCCCUGAAGUUUAAAAGAAAAACUGAUAGCAAAGCACAUGGAGAUGGCAGUGUCCGUUCCUCCAGAUCAUCAUCGGAAUCCAGCCAUCAUGGGCCAGUUCGGGUUAUAGAGCUCGACCGGAGAAGUACCAACAGCUCUCCUCAGCUUCAGUCUAGGAUUGUAAAAUCACAGCGUACCUCAGACUUUCCCGCUACCUUUGUGGUUUACAAAGACAGGCAAAAGAGGAACGGUCUCCCUAAGGCUUAUGGCAAUAGAGGCAUCUCCAGAGUUGAGUCUUUUGAAGACCGCUCUCGCCCUCCCUUUAUGCCUCUCCCACUCACCAAGCCUCGAUCCAUCUCCUUUCCAAGUGCCGAUACAUCAGACUAUGAAAAUAUCCCAGCUAUGAGUUCAGACUAUGAGAAUAUUCAGAUUCCUCCAGGAAGACCCACUCGGUCAGUCACCAUCACAGAAUUCUUCGAUGACCACAAUCGGACAACAGCUGCUAAUGAGAAUGACGGUUACGUGGACAUGAACAGCUUUGCAGGAAUAGAGAACAAGACCAACACACAAGACCAGGAGGCUGAGAGUGCCUACACAGAGCCGUUCCCAAUGUGUCCUGCUCCUGCAUCUCUCUCUGCUGAAGAAGACCAUGGGCGCACAUCUGAGGAAGAGGAGGGCUGUGGUGAUCACAGCUACGAUAAACAGAUUGAUGGCAGAUCCAGAGCGUACUAUGUAGCCAAAGAGCUGCUGGAUUCAGAACGAGAGCAUCUGAAGACACUGAAACUACUUCAAGAGGACUUCCGGGAAGCAGUGGAAGAAGCUGUAGGUGAUGAUGGUGAGCCCGUGCUGGAGGAGGGCAGACUGGGGGAGAUCCUCAGCACUCUGCCUCAGGCCUAUCAGCUCCACUUGCACAUCUUCACUGAGCUGGACACCAAGAUCAAACAGUGGGAGGACAGCCCGAGGGUGGUAGGGGUCUUUCUGACAUCCCGGGAGGAGUUUGGGGUCUUCACAACCUACAUCAAUGAGUAUGACCGCAACAUGGCACUCCUGGAAGAGAGCUGUAGGCGGAGCCAAGCCUUUGCCGACAUCGUCAAACGCUUUGAGCAGCAGAAUGCCGAAGGUGUGCAGGUUCCUGUGAAACACCAGAUGCUGCAGGUCAUUGUGCGUGUGCUCCAGUAUCGCAUGCUGCUCACAGAUUACUUAAACAACCUCUCCCCUGACUCCAAAGAGUAUGAAGACACUCAAGCCGCUCUGGUGAUUGUGUCAGAGAUUGCAGACCAGGCCAAUGACAGCCUCAAAGAAGGGGAGAAUCUGCUGCGUCUGGUCCACAUCGAGUCCAGUGUGAAGGGGAAGAGGGCUCUGCUCCAGCCAGGACGAGUUUUUGUGAAAGAGGGCACUCUGAUGAAGGUCUCCCAUAAAAGCAGACAGCCUCGACACCUGUUCUUGAUGAACGAUGUGAUGCUGUACACCUACCCUCAGCAGGACGGGAAGUAUAGGCUGAAGAAUACUCUCUCUCUCAGUGGCAUGAAGGUCAGUAAGCCAGUCAUAGACAAUGUGCUCAACACACUCAGGAUAGAGGUCAAUGAUGUGACCAUCACCCUCUCAGCCAGUUCUCUGGCAGAGAGAGAGGACUGGUUCCACACUCUGAGCAGAGCUAUAGCUGACCAUGCAGCCGGCCUCAACACAUUCAGCUCCUCCAGUGAGGCGAGGGAGAAGCUGUGGAUGUCUCUGGGCGAAGCGGCUCCAGUGCUGGUGCCCAUCUCCCAUGCCAUGAUGUGCAUGAACUGUGCCUCAGACUUCAGCCUGACGCUGCGCAGACACCACUGUAACGCCUGCGGAAAGGUGGUGUGCCGUGCCUGCUCCAGAAACCGGUACCCACUGAAGUAUCUGAAGGACAGAGUGGCAAAAGUGUGUGACCGUUGCUACACUGAGCUGAAGAAACGAGGUGGAAAUGUCCCCAUCGCGUGUGGCAGUGCGAGUCCACACACAAACAGAACUAGUCGGCCUCUGUCCGCUGUCUUCCAAAGCUUGCAGACCCCCAGCCUGUGGAAGAGCAGGAAGAGCACUUCACCUCUCGCUCAGGUGUCCGUGGGCGCUGAAGGCUCCACUAUGAGUGGGAGUCUGCAGAGGCGGAAGAAGAGUAAGCGGAAGUGGAAAAGGCUGUGGUUCCUGCUCAAAGACAAGGUGCUCUACACCUUUACAGCCCGAGAGGAUAAGGUGGCGAGUGAGACUCUUCCUCUGCAGGGUUUUACAGUUAAGCUGUCUGAGCAUUCUGAGGGUGAGGACAUGGACAGUGUCUUCCAGCUCUACCAUAAGAAAACGCUCUACUACACAUUCAGAGCGGACGAUCAGCACACCGCACGCAGAUGGGUGAAUGCAAUGGAGGAAGCUACAGUAUUAUAGUAUUCGUUCAAGCAGGUGAUAGUGUGACUCUAGCCGUGGUCUCUUUAAUCUGCCCAGCUGAAAUCCAGAAGGUUCAUCGUAGCAAGAGUGGAUCUGUUUCACUCCGUUGGCCCUGAUUGAAGGAUCUCGUGCCAUUAUACUGUGGAUUCCCCUGGUUAAGUUUUUGACCACAGACCUUUUAAUGGAGUACUCCGUCUGUGUAUGAGACUCUGAGGAGGAAACAUCAAAGUCCCUUGGGCUGUGCUCCAGUUUCUGAUGUCACUGCAUUCCUAAAGGAAUCACAAGCCUUGUUUGGUUAGCUUGAGUUCUGUACAGAAAAAGUGAAACACGCCAAAUGUAAAUAUUACCGUUUAGGAUGGCAUUCACAAGCUGUUGCUGAAGUAUCAGACUGUUGCAGGAAUAAGAUUUUCACAUAAAAUGCACACGCAAAAAGGAUAUCUUGGCAAGUGAAAGCAUCUUAAAUGUAGGUAAUAACAUGUAUAAAACAUUCAGACCAUUUCUAGACGUUGUAUUUGUAUUACAUGAUCAAAGACAGCAAGACAACAUUGCUUUGUUAAAAUGACUUCAACUAAGUAAAACAAAGGCUUUAUAAUAUUUCCACAAGAAUCACAUAAUGAUACACAUUUUACAUACUGUAUACCUUUAAUAUGCUUUCACUUGCUUUAAAGUGCAAAAGGUCACAGUGCACUGAUUUUUCACAAUUUUAUACAUAAUUUAAUCAUUGAAAUGUAAACAAAGUCAUUCAGACUGGUUUGAUUUGAAAUGGCUGAUUAGAGAAGCUUAGAGACUCAGACGUCUUUACAGUGGUAGUGAUAGGAACCAGUAACUACUUCCACUAAACCUACACAUCUUCUUUUUAGUUUUUUAUAUGUGAUGUUAAUAAUGGGAAAAUAGUGGGGGAAAAAAGGAAAUGAUAAGCUUUGUCUGGAGAUUAUUUUUCUUUGCGAUGGCCUAUAUGUCAAUGAAUGGGUACAUUUUAGGCCAAAACCUUAUCUCAAAACUAUUGUAAAACAACGAUUAAGGCAGGCAUGUCAAACUGGGGACCUUCCGGGCCAAACACUGCAGCGAUUACCACUCCAAAUACAGUUCAUGAAGACCUUGAUAUUUAGCUGAUGAGCUGAAUGAGGUUUGUUUAAUGAGGCAGCAUGCUGAAGUCUGCAGUGUUGGCCUGCAAGGACUGGAGCUUGAUAUAUGUAGGCAUCAGGGAACAUUUUCAUAAUAUGAUGAACUUUUAAGAGCCAUUAAACUUUUAAACUUUUAAAGAGCCACUGUGAUGAAUUCUGACUGUUUCUCUAGAUCAGAGCAUUUCAUAUCAAACCACCCUCAAGGACAUUGUAUACAUCUUAGAAAUGAAAUUAUUCUGAAAUUUUGAAUUAGUGAAAUUCCCCUUUAAGGGCCAAGAUAGCUGUAUUACUGUAUCAGCUGAACACUAUCUGAAAGCAGCACUUUCAGGUUGUUAAGGUGGUAGAAAAACACUUUAUUUCUUAUGUGUUAUUUGUAAUACUUAAUAUGUUCAGUUGAGGACAACUUAUUUUGUGUUACUUUUAACACUAAAAAGUGUGCUACCUUAUUUAACACAGGCAGUGUUCAGAUUUUCACACAAACAUGUUCUAGCUACCUAGAUAUGUUGCAUUUGGACAGAACACAAUUCACAUAUCAUAAUUGACAUAUUGUUUCAUUUUAUCAUCAGUUUAUUACAUUACAAAAGCUAAACACCAAGCUUUAUGUUUUAAAGGGCCCAUACUCUACUUUUUUUCCCUUUUUAUGCUUAUGUUCCCUAGCCUGCUUAUAACUUAUGUGGAUUGAUAUACCAAAAAUAGCCAAAUUAAUUUUUACAUGACCUCCCUUUAUCACUUGGAAUUAAACCACUUGUUUUUGUUAUUGUGCCUUUAAGACCAAGACAUGUAAAUGAGCUCUGUUCUGAUUGGCUGCCCUGUAUUGUGCCUCAUUCAAAAAGUAGUCUAGACUGAAACACCUUCAGCAAGAAUGAGCUAAAUUGCCAUAGGCUGAGCAAGCAGGUAAUUUAUAUGUAUAUAUUUAUAUUUAUAUAUAUAUAUAUGUAAAUUAGUUGUUUUUUGUGACAUCACAAAAACAAUGUAUUCAGAACAGGAAUCUAUUUCCAUAUAUGGAUUGUAGGGAGCAGGGAGGGAAUGUUUACAGAGUACAUCAUUUUAUGAAAAUGUUUUAUUUAAAAAAAACAACAACAAUGAAGUUCAGUUUUCAAUGGUAUGGGCCCUUUAAUACAAAAUGUAUUAAAACAAUGUGUUGCCACAUAAUACAUUUUAUUUUUCAAUUACACAUUUUACAUGUUGAAUUUAAACCACAAAAGGCCACUUUAAAUUAAACUGUCUGAUAGAUCAGGUCAAAUAUCAGCUCUCAGAAUUUUGAUAAAUAUAUUGUGUGACACAUAUUUACAUUUUUAACAUAUGUACCUUUGAUACAAGACUGUAUAUUGUAAGUGAAGUUAGCUGUACAUUUCAUCAUGAGAUUUCAGAGUAAUUCUGGGUGUAAUAUAAUUUGAUAUGCAGUGGCAUGUUAAGAGGUUGCUGUAACUGUGCCAUAAUCUUCUACCCAGCAUCAUGAUUUCUAUUUUACUUCACGUUUCUCUUUGUAGGCCAAUCUGAACUGCACUUAUUGAUGCUGACACUGAUGUUGAGUCUUUUCUGUAAUGUUUUUUUUUUGUCAACAGAAGUAUUUACAAGAAUUUUGAGGCUUGAUUUCAGUCCAGAAAUUGAAGUGCGUUCAGUAUAUAAAUUUGCACAGGUCUUUUCACCACAUAGUGUUUGUAUACCCAACAUGGGGGCCAGUUUUACAUAGGCCAAUUUUUUAUUUUCUAAUAGCAUCUGCAUUUAAUUUGUCUUGCCAGUCUGAACGUUUAUGUAGACUAUUUGAAAAUGCGCAUUACCUUUUCUUUACAAAGUCUGUUUAUGCCAUGCAAUUAGUAUUUCAGCUUACAAUUUUAACAUAAUUCAAAUUUAUUUUACCCUUCCCUCUUAUAUCAGUUACACCUUGUGGUCAAAGAUUGGCCUAGUUGUAAAAGACUAGACUAUGCAUGGUUUAAAUAGAGGAUGUAAACACAUGCUAUAAUUUAGGCAAGCCUAGGUUUCAAAUGUGCCCUUUGUACAGAAAGGUGCACACUUUGAUUUCUUCACAAUGGUGGUGACAGGAAUGAGAGGUCACAAUGUCUACGAUGCAAAUAUAUUUUUUAUUUACUAUCCAAAGCCAACAGUGAGCCACAUAUCUUCUGAGUUUUCCAUGUAAUUUUAAUAAUGGUAAAACAGUAGUGAAGUAUUUAGGUACUAUUUUGCCUUACAAUGCCCUGCAUGUACUUCUCUGCGAUGAAUGGCUUUAAAAAAACAUAACCAUAUUGUGUAACUUUAGAUAAGAUAGACUAAAGUCCUCUGAUGUUUGGUUCCUAUCACCACCACUGUGACCUGCGCAAUUCACGUCAUACCUCUCUGAAUGACUUUGUUUACAUCUUAGUGGUUAAAUUAUGCAGAAAUUUUGUAAAAUCAGUGGUAUUCCCCUUGAACUUCUGAAUGUAACUACAUGGACUGCAACAUUGUUACUUAUAGGCACUGCAUUGCAACCAACUAUAGCAAUCUGAAAAAGUCAAAUACAUGGAAAACUUAAACCACAAGGUUAUAUUUAUAAGAAAAUGCUUCUAGUCUUUAUACAGGUCAGUGUUUCACAGUCCUGAAGCCAGCACUGCAUACGUUUUCUCAGUUGAACCUUCAUUAAAAUACUUAAUUACUUUACUGCUUUAUAACUGUAUUUAUUUUUAAAUAUCUACUUUACAAAAGCGUUUCAAUUUGGAGAUUUUCACAAGGUAAAACUUCAAACUGACACAAACCACGCACUUUCGUUUGACGCAAACCAACCUAUUGUUUGAUUUGUUUCAAUUGUCACACCGUUAUAGAAGCUAGCUGUAGCCUUUGAGCCACUAAUAAUAGAGCAUAAAAUAAUAAAAUGACAUAAAACCUAUAAUUUACUUUUUAUAUAUACUACAUAUGUGUAGAAAUAUAAACAGAACUUCUACUUGUACUUGAAUAUUGUAUUGAGCUAGCAACAACUUAGCAACCACCUGGGAUAGCAUAGCAACCUAAGAACAGCUACCAAGAAACCACACCAUAACAACUACCUGGAACUACAAUAUAAGUCUAAAUAAGUUAUAAAGAAAUGAACUGUGUUCUGCAGCUGCCAUAACCUCUGAAGCAUUAUUAGCUGGCUUUGUUAAGGAAGCUUAAACUUCCCCUUUCUAGUUUUAUUUUCAUUACCACUGUUAGGACUUUUUUUACAUUUCUGCUGAGCUCUAAACUGUGCAGUGCUGACGUUCUUCUGGACUGGAGCUGAUAGAAACCUAUUCUAACUUGCAUGCCCUCAUCAAAAACAGGAGCUCAUUAUGACAUGAUAGUGAAUGUAUUAAGGUGAACUCUGCUGUACAUAUUCAUAAACACUGGGAACAAAAAGGGAACACUGUAAACUGCCUGUCAGUGGCUGUGGUAGAGUCUACGUCAACUGAGCCUUUUUCACUGUAGACUUUAAAGAAUGGGAUGCUCUUUAAAAAGGCUGUUCUGGAAACUUCUCUUUUUGCCGUUGUUAAUUUUCUCUUCCGUCUCUGAAUGUGCAGUUCAGGUUUCAUUGUUCAUUGUACACAAUGCAAAAAAAAAAGUGCCAAUACUGAACAUGUUCUGCCUUUUUUAAUUGACCUACUGAAGCACAGUCUCUAAUCCUUCUACCUGUAAGGUUAGAGUCCUAUAUUGUUAUUGCAUUGUCAUAUAUAUAUCGCCUAUAUGACAGGAAUCUUGAACAAUGUAAAUGUAAAUGUACAUAAUUCAAAAACAUACACGACCUUUUGUUUUGUUUGCACUGAUAUAGAGAGAAAAAAAGUUAUGCCAGUUUAAUCUUUUUUUUUUUAUAAUGUUCGUUUUUCAAAUCUGGUUCAACAAUGACAUCUUUUUGUACGUUACAUAUUAAGGUGAACCAGCUAUGUGGAAUUAUACGUAGGAUAUUAUUGUUCAAAUAAAUAAAGGGAAGAUAAAAGA